AAAAAAAAACCAUUUCCCAAACAAAGAAGAAACGGAGACGAAAGAUUAUUAGGGUUUUUAAUUGGUUUGUUCGCUGGAUUCAUAGCUAGGGUUUUUCGAUAAUUCGAUCUUAGUAUUUCGUGAAGAUUAAGAAGACGAAAUUGGGGACAGUAUUGAAGAACGAAAUCAUGGGUCGUGAAAAACAGUGUUGAAGAGAGUUUGGAGUCAAUCACUGCAAGGAAACUACUUCUUCCCAAGGUUUUCUGACUUCCAGGUGAGAAGGAAGAGGGAAGAAGAUUAUAGCUUUCUGAAGGGAGACUCGAAGCAAUCACUUCUCAAAGCAUGGAACAGUUGGCAACACUACGUGAAAAUGUUGAACGCCUUACGAAUGAGAUUGAGACCGACUCCAUAGCCACACAACAAAUAAUUGGUAGACUUCAGCAUAUGGCAGUUUCUCUCAAAAACUUGGAGGAGAGAGAGAAAGAGAGAGAGAAAGAGAAAGAGGCUGAGAAAGAGAAAGAGAAAAAGAAAGAGGCUGAGGAAAAGGCUAAGGAAGAUGUUGAGAAAGGGUUAAGGCAACGCAUUAAGAAUGUUAAUGAGGAUCUGGAAAAAAUUGAUGAAUCAGAAAUUCAGUUAAGGAAAGACACAAACACGUCUUUGGAUGAUAUCCGAUUGAGGAAUAUGAUGUUUGAAAGCUUCGUGUCUCUCUUGUUUGGUUUAAUAGCUGGUCUCGAUCCACAAAGAUGGUGGACUUUAUUUUCCAUGAUAAUUACUAUGGCCCUUCGCUCCAUCUGGGUUAUACAAAAGGUUGGUUUCGAGUUAUUGCGUUUUCGAAAGAAAUUCACAGAGCUUUACAAGAAACAGAAUAGAUUGUAUGAAAGUGGAGAAGAGUUGAUUAUGAAUUGGAAACUGUCUAAAGGUAAAGAUAAAAUUGGAGCUGAAUUAAAAGAAGAUUAUUCAAAACUUCACAAAUCAGUCACUAUGGAUAAAAUACGUGUUGAACCUAUGGGAUGGACGUAUUUGGGGAAUUAUGUCUUUUUCUCGUUGUUCUCUAUUGCAGUACCAGUUUUGUUAUACUUUGUUCUGAUGGCGAUAUCUGCGAAAUAUGCAACUUCUCCUACGCAUCCCCCUUCUAUUCAUUGCAGCUGUCCGUAGGAUUGUUAGACCUCUCAAGCGUACCAGUAAGAAGCAGAAAUUUAGUGCUUUGGAUUUUCACGAGGAAAAGAGUUUCUGGUGUUGGAGCUAGUGGCAGUUGAGGCACGAAGCUUGCGACGGCAACACUUUGUUUUAGAAUGAGAAAGAGAUGUUGUUAGUUCAAGUCAUUGAAAUUUUUUUUUUUCUUGCUUUUGAUCCUUGUUCAAUUGCUUCCAGAUUUCUUAAAUUGAUCCCAUAGUCAACACUUGUUUGGAAUACUGGUUUAUUCUCUGCACUUUAGUAAUAUAACAGGCCAGGAACUUAACUAUUA